CCCAAGGCGGCGAUCUUGGUCGAUUCAAAAGACAUGCCCAGUCGCCAUGGCCUGCACAAUCCUUUCUCUAUCUAACGACCAUCAUGUCCACCUACCCCGUACAGGUGUCCAAUCUCUCUCCAUCCACCACUCAGGAGCACCUCCAUGAGUUCUUUUCGUUCUGCGGGAAGAUCUCGUCUAUCGAACACGAUGUAACAAAGCAGACCGCUAUCGUCCACUUUGAGAAGUCGUCUGCGGCGAAGACCGCGCUGAUGCUCAACGGCGGCAGCCUCGACGGCGCAACGCUCGCAGUGACAAGCGAGAAGGAGCACGUCGACGAGAGGCCAACGUCUGCAGGCGCGGAGGGCCAAUUCGAGCAGAGUGACAAGCCCCGUGCAGCCAUCGCCGCGGAGUACCUCGCGAAGGGCUACCAGCUGCACGACCAUAUCCUUCAGCGCGCGAUUGAGCUCGACAACAAGCACGGCAUCUCGUCGCGCUUCCUCAACUACAUGAAGUCGCUCGACAACACCCUCGGCGAGAAGGUCGUCGGGCAGGACAAGACCAUCUCGGCCCACGUCCAGGAGAAGGUCGCGCAGGCGGCACAGCAGGCCAAGGCGCUCGGCGAGCAGAAGGGCUACUCCAAGCAGGCGUCCGACUACUACACCCGUGCUGUCUCUUCGCCAUGGGGCCAGACGGUCUUCCAGUUUUACACUUCGACGUCGAAGCAGGUGCUCGACAUUCACGCAGAGGCGAAGCGCCUUAAGGAGAGCCAGGGUCAGACCAGCAAGCCCACGGACGUCGGCACUGCGUCCACCGGUGUCGGCACAGCUGCACCUCCCCUCGACCCUGCUGUGCAGACAACUGAGAAGCCGCUCGUGUAAGGAUAUACCACGUCGGAAUGAAGAAGCUGCUACAUGUAAAUCUGUACGUACGAGGCUUGUGUCUGCAGUAUGUACU